AUGUCCACGAGCAAAGACGCGCAGCGGUGUAAAGUGUUCGUAAAAGCGCGCCGGACUCACAUUUCAGCCGUGCGACUCUUCUCUAGUAGGCGCGUUCAUGUGAAAUCCUCCACAUGUGGACAUCUCUUCCGUCAGGUCAGAGUUUCUUCUGAGCGGACAGUAAUUUUCAUCAUGUUACUCUUCGCCCUUGUCCUGUUUUCAUUGCCUAUUUGCAGUGCGGUUUACGAGGGACCGUUGCUCCCUGAAAUGUCCAACGGCACGUUUCACCACUUCUUCGUCCCGGACGGGGAUUACGAGGACACCGAAGACCCGGAGAAAUGUCAGAUGCUCUUCAAAUGGAUGAACCGCAGACCGUGUGCCCUAGAGGAGGACCAGGACACGAUCAUCCGAGAAGAUUUCAUCAUCAUCAAACAACAGAUCGAAGACGCGGCGCGCGUUUUGGAGACCCUUGGACAGACUAUUUCUUACGAUUUGGACGGCGAGGACAGUUACGGGAAAUAUCUGAACAGGGAAAUUGUGCAAAUCAACGAGGCUUUUACAAACGUGGAGAAAUCGCUUCUAGAGCUGGAGACGAAAUUUAAACAAAACCAGGGGACUGAACAAAGGGAAGAGAGCCAGUUUACCAAUAACUUUAUCCAACCCAUGCAUGAUGUGAAAGACACUCUCCAGGAGACUUUGGACAUCUCGUCUGGGCUCAAGGAUAAACACGAACUCAUCUCUUUGAUCAUCAGGAGCCAUGGAUCGAGGUUAAGUCGUCUCAACACCGACUACCUUAAUGUUUAAACUCACAUACAGAUGUAGGUACGUUCGACGUGUUUGACUGCAGUCCAUGUUGGAUUGUUGUAUUUUAAACUUUCAAUUUGUUCUCCGAGUUUUCUUUUUUUAUAUAAUUUUAGUUUAUAAUUUUUUUUAGUAAUAAUAGUUUUUAUUUUUUUCAUGAUGCUCAAUUUGGUCAUUUGGUUAUUGCAAUAGGUGUACAGUUCAAUCUAAAUCAUUUUUUUAAUUAAUAUUUUCUUAUAACUAUGGUUUUGCUUAAUAUCUCAAUUUAUUUUUGUGUGAAAGUUAAACUAUCCAAAACACCAUGCUGCCUGUAUAAGUUAAUAGGCAAAAUGACUACAACAGCACAUUUUCACUUUUUACUGUGUAACUAAAGCUUUCCAUGAAUAACUGAGGUCAAAGAGCCUUCAAAAAGGUUUUUUUCAGUCAUCAUUCUUCAGUAGGCUGGGCUUCUUCAGCAGUCUGUAUACCGCUGACACGAUUGAACUUUAAGAGAGUCUGAGGAGUGGCGACUAAAGAUCUUCGGUGGAGAUUUGGCAUUUCCUGUGCCAUUAGAACAGAAUGUCUCUUUCUUUUUCUGCCAUGUGGAAGAAUACUCAAAGUCUGCAGAAAUAUGUAAAGAAACACAAUCUACCCUUCCCACACCAGUCCCUGAGGAUUACAGGGAUACUUCCUGGUGAACAGUUUUAACCUUUAACUCUAGACAUUUAGCCUUUUCAUUAAAGAUUUAGUUAUGGAUAAAAUCGGUCUAAAAAUAAAUUUACACAGUGAUACAUAUUCCAUCAUAUGUUGUAGUCAUCACUGAAUUGUUUCUUUAUUUUAAAUUCCAACCAGAACAAUGAAGCUUUUAUGGUGCGCCUUCCUACCCACAAUCCCCUGGGCUGGAACUGUUUUCUUUUACUUUCUCACAUUCAGAGUUUGAUUCUUGUUGGCGGUUAAAGCCAAAGGAAAGAAUGCCCUUACUAAUGGUUUAGUGUUACCAGAGCCGUGCCUAUUCGGUGCCAUCUCAUAUGGAUUCAGUUUAAGUGGUUUUGUUGGGAAAAGUGAAAGAGGCAACAGAGAAUUCAUCAUGUUGAUUUUAAGUAUCAGAGAUUGUUUUUACAUCAUGACAAUUUAAAGGUUUGAUGGAUGUGUUGGCUUUGUAAGAUGAAUGUGGAGCUGACUACAUGCAAACAACAUGGCACAUCGAUUUCUUGCAUUAUUUUCCAUAUUACGUUGAGAAGUCCUCAUUGCAAUGAAGGUGAAAGACCGUAUGUACUGUAAGCUGCAGUAUCUUUACGCAGACAAGAUCACUCAGCAACAUCAUAUUAUGUAAAGGUUUUAUAUCAAUACAGUGUGCACCGCCUGGCCUAGUCUAAUUACGUUUUAAGUUUAUUUUUAAAAUCCUUAUUGUAACCCCAAUUUUUUUUUAAAUGGCAAGAAUUUAAGUUUAAAAUAAUUUAUUACGUAAAGCAGUUUACAGUGGUAAUCAUAAGCAUGACCAAAGAGCUCAAUAAACUUAAACUUAACUGUUUCAUUUGUAAUCCUGUAUUUAGCAGUGUAACUUUAUCAGGAAUAUUAAAUGCAAAGUUGAUGAUGUCUGAAUUAUUUCCAAAAUAUCCCGAAAGUUUGGCACUUUAUUCUUUCCUUUCAUUUGUUAAUUGUAACAUUUAGCAUUAUUGUUUCCUUCAUGUGAUGACAGUAUGAAUAAAUGUGUGUGUGUGUGUGUGUGUGUGUGUGU